AUGGCGAGGGAGAAGCUAUACGUCGCCGUUCCAAGCCUCUUCCGGUGCCCCAUCUCAAUGGACGUAAUGAGGUCUCCGGUAAGCCUCUGCACCGGCGUCACAUACGACCGCUCCAGCAUCCAGCACUGGCUCGACGCUGGCCACGACACCUGUCCAGCGACCAUGCAAGUCCUCUCGUCCAAAGAUUUCAUCCCCAACCUCACUCUCCACCGCCUCAUCCAGAAUCUGAAGCUAUCUCCCUCGCUUUCUUCUCCUUCCAAAAUCUCCCCCGAACAGGUUACGUCUCUCAUUCAUGAAAUUCAACAACAUGAGAAUGACGAUAUUUCUGUUUCGCUUUCCAAGAUCGCGGAAUUCGUCGGGUACUCGGACGAGAAUCGGAUUUUCUUGUCUAAUUUCCAUGGGUUCGACUCGACGAUCGUUCGUGUUCUCGGCAGGCAGGGUUCUCAGGUUGAGAUUUCAGAAAUGGCGAUCAGGGUUUUGAUUUCGAUCAUGCGGGAAAAUGGAGUCAGAGAACGAAUUCGUGCCUUGGUUUUCGAUGCUAAUCGAGAUUUCCUAUCUUCGAUCAUCUCGAUUUUGUCAAACGGAAGCUCUAAGACCUCGAAGGUUGAAUCGGUAACGGUCCUCGAAUUGCUUGCCGGAGAUGUUCAAUCGAAGCGAUCAGUCGCCGAGACGCCGGGCCUUUUGUCCGUACUUGUCCACCUACUACGCGAAGAAAACAAUACCAGCUCCAAACUAAACGACGCCGUUUCCUCUCUCUUGAUAUCCGUUUCAGCGACUCAGUCAACAAAAACUGAACUCGUCCGGUUCGGAAUCGUUCCGAUUCUGACCAAAAGUUUACAGAACCCAUCAUCAUCAUCAACCUCAAGCAAUUCAACCACUGAGAAAUCCAUGAGAUUGCUGGCGAUACUAUCGACUUGUGCAGACGGAAGGCAUGUGAUCACGGAGGAGCCGGGAUGCUUGGAGGCGGUGACGGAGAGGCUGGUGAGGGAGUCGAAGGCGGCGACGGAGGACGCAGUGGUGGUGCUGUGGGGCUUGUGCUGUAAUCACCGGAACGGCAAUGCACAAGGAAAGGUUGUGAAGAGCAAUGGAGUGACGAAGAUACUGCUUGUGCUUCAAAGAGAAUGCGAAGAUCAUGUGAGGAAGAUGUGUAGGGAUUUGGUGAAGGUUCUGAGAAUGGUGUCCAAAGAUGAGUUGUUGAGUAGCUACGAGACGAAAACCACUCAUAUCAAGCCUUGUUAG